AUGGCAUCCACAACCCUUCCAUAUGCUGCAUUCUUUUUGAUCCUCAUGACGUCUUCCGUCGACGCCUCCUGGAGGAUGUAUGCGAAUACCCUAAUCACGGCUCGUAUAGACCCCCUAAUCAGUCCCGGAAGACACGUCCAUGACUAUGUUGGAGGGAAUAAUUUUGGCGUCACUUACGACUACAACACCCAGAUGCAAAGCUCGUGCUCAUCUGUACAAAUUCAAGCUGACAAGAGUGGAUAUUGGAUGCCGUCGGUAUACUAUAGGCGCAGAGACGGCACCUUCCAGCUUCUACGUUCCUCGUAUAUGGUGUACUAUCUUCACCGUGGAUCCCGUCAGACGGCGUUUCCUGCUGGCUUUAGAAUGAUAGCUGGCUCUAAUUCAAAGAGCUCCUCGACACCUGGUAACCCCGCGGACGAAGCUAUCAACUUUCACUGUCUUGAUACCAAUGCUGAGACCCUUGAUUUUCCUAAUCAAUAUUGUCCAGCAGGUGUUCGGUUAGUCCUAGCUGAUCUAAAGGAUCAUGUCGCGUACCCCGUCGACGGCAAGGAGGGAAAUACCUGCCCUUCUACCCACCCUGUUAGAUUGAUCACUCUAUUCUUGGAACACGUCAUAGAUAUGAAGGAUCUUGACUGGUACCCCGGUUGUAUCACCAUGAGCAAUGGGGACACCAAAGGUUUCUCCAGUCAUGCCGACUUCAUCAUGGGAUGGGAUACUGGUCUCCUUCAACAAGUAAUUGAUCAGUGCACUGAUCCACAAGCUGAUCUUUCGACUUGUGGGGUCUUGAUGCAAUCGAAUAACGGCGAUCUUGCAGGUCAAUGUCAACCGGUUAAAAAUCUACCACUGGAAGACGUUGGAUUCUAUGGGUCUAUCACUCGACUACUGGGAGACAAUGCCGUUUGGGGUGACGGUAUCUCCAAAAACUCGAUUGGAUCGACACCGACCCCACCGCUGGUCGCACCAUAUUCAGUCGUUCCGAACAAUUGGAAUCAAGUUGGGUGUAUUAACGAGGGUGAUCCAUAUACCAACACCAUGAAUGGUGAUAAGGUGGUGGACCAAUUCAUGACCCCUCAGCAAUGUGUAAAAAAUUGCAACGACAAGGGGUUUUCAAUCGCCGGUUUGGAAAAUGACUACGAAUGGUGCGGAGGCGGUCGUAACCUCCGUAUAUGGACCAAACGAGGAGACGCUGCUGCCGAUUCUCUAUACGAGUAUCCACCUGCCGGCUCACAUCUUACAACAGUGUAUACCACGGAUGGUUCCACCGCAAAUAUUGACGGCAACAGUCCCUACGGCCCCAAUAAUCCACCACGCUGUCCACCUCGACGGCCUAAACUUGCAGUCAAGAGAGAUAUGGAAGUAGUUGACCGCAUUAAGCGAGCCAUGCAUAGUCAUCAUCGAUUUGAUCGAGGGCAUUAUUUCUAA